CUUUCCUCUGACUUUGAAUGUAAAUUAUUAGUGAAGAGGGCAAAGCAAACCCGGGGAAAUAAUGGCCUCCUCUAACAACAGAGAAGAGGAUUCUAAUGUCCGGGAGAAGUUUGAUAAUGUCUGCAGAGAGCUGAACAUGGAUGGGGAGACAGCAGAAGAAGCUUGGAGAUCGUACGAGAAGAUCAAAACCAACUAUUCUCUCGAGGGAAAGAGUAUACACUGGCUAGCUUGUUCUUUAUAUGUGGCUUGUAGGAAGAGCGUUGUACCGACCGUUGAUAGUUCAAGCACAGUGGAGGGAAAUUGCGUUUCGCUCACAAGACUCAUUCGCGCUUCUGGUUUGAGUCUCAUAGAUUUUUUCAGUAAGAUGAAAAAAUGGCUCGAUAUGUCCAACGCUCCCAGUGAUUUUCGACGAAAGAUCGAACAUCUUGAACGUAACUUCCACGUCUCGACGGUCAUAUUUAAGAAAUAUCGUCCGAUCUUUCUUGAUAUCUUCAGAGAUCCGAACGAGGAGAUUCCUAGGAGUCAAAGAGGACGAAAAUCUAGAAAACAUCCUUGUACUCCUGCAGAGGUGUUUGCGUUUUGCUGGACCCUGUACGUGCAAGCUAAAGGGAAUUUUCCAGCUAUAAGUGACGACUUGGUGAACUCCUAUCACCUACUUCUAUGCUGUUUAGACUUGAUAUACAGUAAUGCAUUAACUGCACGACACAAAAAGGACCUUAUUAAUUCAUCUUUUGAAGGUCUACCUAGUGAUUUUACUUCCAAAGAUUCAAGGUCACCAGCAAAGCCGUCAUGCAUUGUUGAGCAACUUUGCAGUAAAUACCAGGGAAUUGUCUUAGAAGCCAAAAGUAUCAAGGAGCAUUACUGGAAACCUUUUAUCCAAAAACUGUUUGAAAGAAAGAACUUGAGAGGAACAGAAGACAGUUUGUCUGGAAUCUUAGACCUUGGCAACUUUGAAAUAAACAUGAGGAAUGUUAAUAGAGAAUACGAGGAAUAUGUCUUAUCAGCUGGAGACUUUGAUGAAAGAAUAUUCCUUGGUGAAGAAGCUCACAUAGAAAUAGGAACACCAGCUAAACUAUUUGAAUCCUGUGACGUUGAAGAACAGCAAAGAAUGGGUUUGAGACGAAAUCUUCAAGAACAUUUUAGUAAGACAAGAAGUCUUGCACCACAGACACCUUUGACUGGCAGGCGCUACUUGAAAGAGAAAGACCCAAAAAAUACUCCUGUAUCUACAGCAACACAGUCUGUCAGUCGCUUGCAAGCCAUGUGCUCAGGGCUGAAACCAGCCCCGAGUGAACGGCUUCUGAAUAUCUUCAAAGAGUGCACAAAGAACCCUCUACAGUCCAUUACCUCUAGAGUAGAGGAACUUGGAGAAAUCUUCCUUGGUGAAUAUGUACAGCCUUCAGCUGACAGGCCAAAUUCACCUUGUUCAACCAAGGAGUUUGCAACUCGUCGGUUGAAACUGGCAGAAAUCCUGUAUUACAAGGUCCUGGAAAACAUCACUUUGUCUGAAAAGAGAAGACUACAAGGUCACUUAGAUGUCACAACACUCCUUGAGCAAGAUAUAUUCCAUCGUUCACUCCUAGGAUGCUGUCUAGAAAUUGUUAUUUUCUCUUACAAUUCUCAGAGAGCUUUUCCUUGGGUGAUAGAAAUCUUUGGCUUGGCUCCAUACUACUUCUAUAAAGUAAUAGAGGUAUUAAUAAAAGCUGAGGAUGGUUUAUCAAGAGAUGUAGUCAAGCAUCUUAAUCAUAUUGAGGAACAGAUUUUGGAGUCCUUAGCCUGGGCACACAACUCUCCCUUAUGGGAUGCCAUCCAAACUGCAGGGGGAGUGCCGUCAUGCGAGGAUGUUACAAUACCCAAUAAUGUAGAGGCUUCCGAUCCAAACCAGAACCUCUUGGCCUCUCCCAUUGUACACCCUAGAGUACAGAGAAUAUCUGGAGAAGAAGGUGCACAAAGAAGAAUUGCAACGCCACCAUCUUCCUCAGUGCGAGAGCAAUAUUCCCCCACCAACAGUGGUGCAAGACGCAACCUCAUGGCCAAUUUUGGUGGACCAAGUACGAAAGCAACAGUGCCGUCACAAAAUAAUGGGCCAUUUGUGAGAUCAGCUGCAGUCGUUAGUUCUUCCACUGCUUCAAGAUCAAGUACCAGAGCUGCACAAGGUCCUACCCCUGCAUUCAUCAUCACACCAGCCACAACGAAUGGUGCCUAUGUAGUUAACGGUGUUAAUGUAGUUCUUCCGAGCUCUACUGCCACAUCAGUACAAGUCAGCAUCUCGCCAAGACCAGAAUCCACCCUGUCUCCAAAUAUCAUCACCACAUCAUCUGUUAGAAGCCCAGUUAGAGCGCAGGCACAGUCUUCAUUACAACCCAUCCAACCUCCUGCUACUAAACCAAAGAAGACUGGUUCACUUGCUUUGUUUUUCAGAAAGGUAUAUCACAUGGCAAGUGUAAGACUACGUGAUUUGUGUGCAAAGCUGGAUGUCAAUGAUGAGUUAAGGGGAAAGAUGUGGACAUGUUUUGAGCACUGUCUAAUGACUCACCCUGAGUUAGCUAAGGACCGCCAUCUUGAUCAGAUCUUGAUGUGUUCUGUGUUUGUCAUGGGCAAGGUCACCAAUUCAGACCCAUUGUUCCAAAACAUCAUGAAAUGCUACAGAACUCAGCCUCAAGCUGCAAGCCAUGUGUACAGGAGUGUGUUAUUGAAGUCAAAUACAAGAGCUCCAAUCAACAGCAUAGGAAGUGAAGGGGCUAAUGCUGAAUCAACUAGUGGUCCAACUAGUCCAAAUGGCAACACAAGUGCCAGAUCAAGUCCUAUUAGAGGAACUGGCGUCAUUCCCCCUACCCCACCCCCACAUGCUAAAAAUGCUCCUUCAAGUAACAUUGAGAACAGCCAUGGUAGUGAUGAAGAAAGAGGAGACUUAAUUGAGUUCUACAACAAGGUUUUCAUCAAACGUAUAAAGAAUUUUGCCCUCAAGUUUUCUGCUAAUGACAGAAACUUGGAAUCUCCACCCCUGUCGCCGCUGCCUGUGGUAAGAAACCAAGCCCAUUCUCCCAGGAGACAAGUAUCUACAAAACACCCUGUGUAUAUCUCACCUCACAAGAUUAAUGGUGGUCAUGUUCCCAUGACUCCAACAACAAGAAUACUUUACUGCUUCAGUGAGAGUCCUGCCAAGAAACUUCGUGACAUCAACAACAUGAUCAAGCAAGGUUCAGGUGAGAGUAGGAAAAGAGCACUACUUCAAGAUGACGAAGGAAGUCCCUCGAAGAGAUCCCCCAGUGAAGAGCACCUACAGAGAAAGCUGACAAGUAUGUUAGAGGAAAGAAAUAAUGCAAGUGCAUCAAGAUGAUUUGGAUUGCACUGUAAUUAAUAAUCUAAUUAAUAUACUAAGCAAUCUCUGAACAUUUUUAAUGCAUCGUUGUAGCAUGCAAACCAGAAUAUAUUGCCGUUUUUGGGCGAUAGGCAUUGUUGAUAGAAUAGACCAUCAGCACUAGAAAGAGAGCGGAAUACUCUGCUCUCUUAGUGAAAAUCGAAAAAUAUGAAUAUUUUUAAUUAGAAAUUGUUAGUCCUU